CAUCAGAGAACCCACACAGGAGAGAAACUGUAUAAAUGCUCGGACUGUGGAAAGAGUUUCAAUUGGAAGCAUCAUCUUUCCAGGCAUCACAGAAUCCACACAGGAGAGAAACUGUACAAAUGCUCAGACUGUGGAAAGCAUUUCAAUCAGAAGCAGAAUCUUUCUAGGCAUCGGAGAACCCACACAGGAGAGAGACCUUAUAAAUGCUCAGAAUGUGAGAAAUGCUUUACUCAAAGGCAUCAACUAGUCAUUCAUCAAAGAAUCCACACAGGAGAGAAACCAUACAAGUGCUCAGACUGUGGAAAGAGCUUCAAGUCAAGAAAGGAACUCGUUAGUCACCAAAGAAUCCACACAGGAGAGAAACCAUACAAGUGCUCAGACUGUGGAAAGAGCUUCAAGUCAAGAAAGGAACUCCUUAGUCAUCAAAGAAUCCACACAGGAGAAAAACCCUAUAAAUGCUCAGAAUGCGGAGAGAGCUUCAGGUGGAAGGAUAACCUUACUAAACAUCAUAGAAUCCAUACAGGAGAGAAACUGUAUAAAUGCUCAGACUGUGGAAAGAGUUUCAGUUGGAAGCAUCAUCUUUCUAGGCAUGAGAGAAUCCACGCAGGACAGAAACCUUAUAAAAGCUCAGUGUGAAAAAUACAUCACUAUGGAGGUAACCCACUUCAUGGGCUAAUCAGUAUGUUAGCCAAGCGCCCUAAGUGUGGUUGGCUAUUUGUGGCAGUGUUCCACCUAGAUGUAAUUCACAAACAGGUUCCCAAAGAAAGUGCAAAAAUGUGGAGAAAGGUUUGUCACCUUCCGUCUCACUCUUCCAUCUUGGACUUGAUCCAAGAAGCUCAUGUUAAAAGGGAGGAAUUCUUUGUUUCAUCUGUUAAUAGCUGCCUUAGGCCCCCUAUGGGACA